AUGCCACAAAAUGAUCUUCGACCUGCGGCGCUCGAUCACCUGGUUUUGGCCUACGCCCGGGCCAAGGAGGAGUUCAUCGCGAUUGGACUUCAACCCGCCAACCAGUGCGCAAAGAAGAGGGCAGCUUAA